AUGCUUUCGCUGCUUACGUUGAUAAAAACUCCUUGGUCUUCUUUCGAAAGGAUCAUGUCCGGAACACCUUUGGUACGUCCGGGCACCCAAUCUCAGCUCGAUUAUGGAGCGGUACUUCCUUCACAGCCAACAACCACUCGAACUACCCCGGACUCUGGACUGGGAGCUGAUGAUCAAAUGCGACAUCAGGAGCGUCGUGUUCCUCCACCAGGAUUCGCUCAUCCUCCUCCCCAUCCUCAGUUCAUUUCACAAGAUGGCGGCGGGGUUGGUGGUCCUCAUCACCAAGUAGGUCCCGGUGCGUAUGGGCAGUGUGAAGGCAACUUCGAUAAAGAGAAGGUACCCUACGAAGGUCCUUCACCCUAUCAGAGAAACAGCCGCUAUGAAGCUGAUCCCUCUGCGAUGACUGGGGAUCCCAUGGUGUACAAUCGAGCGCAAAAUAUGAUGAUGAGUCAGAGUCAUCCACCUAGUGGUCGUUAUGAAGACUCUGGUGCCCCCAGAAUGAUGCCUCCUCCUGCUGGUGGCCCAACUCAAGGCAAUCCUGGGCUAAGCUAUUCGCAGAUCUCGGGGUAUUACGCAGGAAUGGGAGGAGCUGGUGGAAUUAGUAGUGUGGGUAUGCAACGUCCCGUUCCUCCGCUCCCAUCGGGAUACGAAGGAGAGGCCGUCCACUCGACGCAGCCUAUGCCACAUCAGCUGCAGCAGGGUGUCCCGCAGUAUUACUCUCCCAACCAGCCCCCUCCAAGUUCCAUACCAUAUCAGGUACAAAGCGCAAACGGGCCUCCAAUUUACAGUGGGCAACCUAUACAGCAACAAGAUCCACAAAUGCAGCAUCAAGCACCUCCACCUAUGGGGCCGCCUCCGCAAGCUGUUGUGACGGUACAACAGCGAGGUGGAGGCCAAUUUAUAGUGCCCGUGCCACACCCUCAGGUUGUGAGAUAUUUUCAGAUGAUGGCUCCCCAGUAUAUCGGCCAACAAGUGAUUCCGGCUGGUGCACAAUAUCCACCUGGUGUCUAUAUGCAGCGACCGACGGUGUUUGUACCUCGCGGUGACAUGGGCUAUGCACCAAUGGAACAGGCACAACCUGUUAUGGUACCAAUGCCGUUUGUGGUUCACCAGAUGCCCCCGAGUCACACAAAUGACCAGUCACAAUAUCAGCAAGGCGUCAUGGAACAACAAUCAGCCAUGGGGAUGGAUCAGUAUGGAGAGCAAGAGUUUGGACCAUCAUCUGCCCCAGUCCAGCCGGUGCGACCGAUGAGCAUGCCUCCUGGAAUUCCUGCUGGGAUGCAACCAAUGAUGGGAAUGAUGCAACAACCUCCACAAGUUUCAAUGCAUGACUCGCGCAGCGCAACUGCGUCGAUUCCUCCACUUGUGACGCAGCCGUCCGGCUAUGGACCAUCUCCUCGAAUGUAUGGAUUCCAUCCAGGGACUUUGGCCCCACCAUUCAUGGUGGCUCCUCCGUUUGGAGUGCCACAUAUGCUGCAGUCCCCUAGUCGAGGUAGAAAUUCGAGGAAUAAUAGUUUCCGCGGUCCGCCACCCUACCAUAAUAGGAACAAGAAUCAUUCGCCUUUGACAUUUUCUCGGCAGAGUUCUGUCAUUGAGUCUGUGAAAGACGAACCCAAAGCCGACGUCGUUUCUGUAGUCACUGCUGAAGUAGAAGACCUCACAAUAAAAGUUGAAGAAGCCAGUAAUGCGGAAGCAGAAGCUGAAGAGCAGCAACAGCGUCUUGAAAAGGACGAGAAGGUGGAGGAGAAGCGAGAUGAAGAAGAGCAGAAGUCCCAGGAAGAACAAGAAGAACCUCCUUUGGCUGCUGAAGCUAAAGCUGAAAAGAAAGCUGAGGAACCAAAGCCGACGAAGGAGCUACUUCCCCUUGCGGUCGCGAAGACUGACCCCGAGAAGCGUGCCGCUGUUCCUAUCGUGGCCGUUGCACCCACUGUAUCGGUAAAGGCUGAAGUUGUUCAGCAGAAAGAAAAAGAACUGAAUGAGGAGGAUGUGCCUGAAAAACCGAGCAUGGACUAUCGGAUCAAGGAGUCAAACCCACCGGCUGCUGUUCAGACGUUGCCAACAGCUGAUUCUGCAAGCCCCAUAAAGCUUGACUGCACCUUCUGCCGUAGUCUGGGAAAGUCCGAGGAGGUCUGCACUUCGCAUGUCAUACGCGCAGCAGAUGGUAAAGUUACAUGUCCUGAACUGCGUAAACGCACAUGUAAUCUAUGCGGAGCAACCGGUGAUAACUCUCAUUCCGCUGUGUUUUGCCCCUUAAAAACGCAGCAAUCCAUCGGAGAGCCAGUAAGUGAUGCUCCACGCAUAGCUCAUACUGCUCCACCACGGCAGAAUCCGAAUUAUAACAAACCCAUAGUUUUUGAGAGACGAGAGAAUGUAGGCUAUGGCGGCGGUUAUAGAAAUCCUGGACAUCGAGGAAGAGGAGGGGGUUAUCAUCAGGGUCGAGGCGGAGGACGCUAUCCAACAGGCAAUCGUCGCUACAAUUAAAGCACAGCAAUUGGUGCCACUCUGCUACAGAAGCGGAAGGGAACCACAGAUGUGCGCAUUGAUGCAAUUCGUAGUCGGGUUCCAUAUUACUAGUGAUACCAGUGCAGUUCAUGCCUCAGCAUUGCUUUAUGAGUCUUUAGUUUAGAGUCCUGAUACCUCUUUGAUUUGUAGACAGUCUCCAUGUGCGAGUUUUACCUCUUGAUCGUUUCACCAAUGUUCACCUAACCCACCUUCUUCGUCACUUCAUGCAACACUGACAUUCCGCCUCAUAUUUAUCCGCAAACUUCCCAAAUCGUAUAUUCUUGGUAAUUUUUGCGUGCGUGAGUGUGUGCGUAGUCUUGCAUAAUUCGUUGUUUCUUAUAAGUCAUUGGAUUUGAAUAGCUCAGAUGUUGAGGGGUGCAUCAAUCGUGCCGCGGCUUCCUCUGCCAUCGCCGUCGCUGUCACUUACUUCCGCCGCCUCAGGCGAGCGAAUGUGAGCGACAGUAAGCGAUUCUCGUUAUAUCGAUACCGUGUGGUUGUCGUCUUUCGCGCAAACACUGCGGUGUUGUCGAUCUCUGAUUGGGGUAAAACAAAACUUGGGUUUUGUUCGUUCGUUCGUUCCGUUGUAGAUAGCCCAUGCUGUGAGGAAAUGAAUUGCUCACAUAGCGGGGUCUAACCUUGCG